AUGGUUUGCACUCUUGAAGUCAAUGACUCCAGUUUGAGUUUAUUUCUAGCUUGUGGUUCAUGUCGAGUGAACCUUUGGCUUGCCCUUGAAGGAGUUGUUGGAGCAUAUUCUUCAUAUCCCAAUCUUGAUGUGGUUGGGUAUGGCUUGUGGGAAUCCUUGGUGGAACACUUGGAAGGUGCCCUUGCUGGUUGGAUCUGUGUGGAGUCAUUUGUAGCCCAAGUGCCUGUAGAUGUGACCAUAGAUUCUUUCUAUUUUGAGUGGCGCUUGUUGUGUUUCUCCUCCCCUUCCUGGUUUGAUAAACUGAGUUGUUCAGACAUAGAGUUGACAUGCUUGGCAGGGAAUUGGGCUAGGAUCAGUUUGUCCAACUUCGAUGGAGAGUGCAAGUCUUUUCGCAUCUGA